GCUAUCCUCAUCACCACACCUCAGACGAUAAGGAGUCAGCGACCAACUAACGGUGACAAAGAGGUUGUUCUGAACAUAGAAGACCCUGAGAAAACUCAAUAUUUGGAGCAAAAUUUCAAUACCAGCUCCUACAACUUUGGUUACGAGCUUGGUCCAGAUGGGCAGUUUCACCAUGAGAACAGGGGACCAGAUGGAGUUGUCUACGGAUGCUACGGCUACAUAGAUCCUGAUGGCAAUCUACGAGUCACCCACUACCUCUCUGAUGGAUGGGGUUACCGGGUGGUGAAGCCCGGGGAAGACAUAGAAUUGUUCCUCCACCCCCAUGAACACCAUCAAGAACCUGAACAGAGCAUCGAUCAUGAAAGCCAUGGAGAACACCAUGGAAAUCAUGGAGAACAUCAUGAGAAUCAUGGAGAGAGUCAUGAACAUCAUCACGAACAUCAUGGUCAGAUAACACCAUGGAAGGAUUUGUAUUUCCCCAAAGGAUGUGGAAAUCUGAUGGGUAACAUCACACAGACUCCACAGUUUCCUGGAAAUCCACCAGUAAAUGUAGGCACAUCUGGACAACCCUCGAUGACUGGUACAGGAAGUUCAACAACCUCAAAUCAACCUCAGAGACCAGGAUCAGGACAAGGUGUUGCAGUGGGAAGCCCUGGGAGCUCAAGCACAACAGGACCUCAAGGAUUGGUGACAGGAGUACGUCCUCAAAGACCAGAUACAGGUGGAACUCCACAGCCACUCAGACCAAGUGGACAGUCACCAAGUCCAGGAUCGAAUUUGGGUGGAUCCCAGGGUCCAAACCCUCAAGGAUCUAGACCUCAAGGGGCAAUACUGCCAGGUCAGAGUUCAACAAAACCUACGGGAAUAGGUGGAUCAGGACCUGGGGGUCCUGGAGGAUUUGGAGGACCUCAAGGACAAGGAGGGCCACAAGGAUCUGGUGGUCCUGGAGGAUUUGGAGGUCCUCAAGGACCAGGAGGGCCACAAGGACCUGGUGGUCCUGGAGGAUUUGGAGGACCUCAAGGACCAGGAGGGCCACAAGGACCUGGUGGUCCUGGAGGAUUUGGAGGACCUCAAGGACCAGGAGGGCCACAAGGACCUGGUGGACCUCAAGGACCUGGAGGACCUCAAGGACCUGGAGGAACUCAAGGACCAGGAGGACCUCACGGACCUCAAGGACCAGGUGGACCUUUUGGUCAAGGUUCACAAGGACAAGGCGGGCCACAAAGACCCGGAGGACCUCAGGGAUCUGGAGGACCUUUUAGACCUGGAGGAAUAGGAGGGCUACAAGGGCUAGAAGGGCCUCAAGCACCAGAGGGGCCACAAGGACCAGGAGGACCUCAAGAAACAGGAGGCCAACAGGGACCGGGAGGACUACAUGGACAAGGAGAGCCACAAGGGCCAGGAGCACCACAAGGACAUGGAGGGCCACAAGGGCUGGGAGGGCCACAAGGACAAGAAGGGCUUCAAGGACCAGGAGGGCCACAAGGACCUGGAGGACCCCAGGGACCAGGAGGGCCACAAGCACCUGGAGGACCUCAGGGACCUGGAGGACCUUUGGGACAUAGACCACAAGGACAAGGAGGACCACAAGGACCUGGAGGACCACAUGGACCUGGAGGGUCUUCGGUUCAUGGACCACAAGAACAAGGAGGACCACAAGGACCUGGAGGACCUUUAGGUCAUGGACCACAGGGACAAGGAGGACCACAAGGGCCAGGAGGACCACAAGGACCUGGAGGACCACAUGGUCCUGGGGGACCACAUGGUCCUGGAGGACCACAUGGUCCCGGAGGACCUUCGGGUCAUGGACCACAAGGACCAGGAGGACCUUUCGGUCAAGGACCACAAGGACAUGGAGAAACACAAGGACCUGGAGGACCCCAGGGACCAGAAGGACCACAAGGACCAGGAGGGUCACAGGAACCAGGAGGUUCACAAGGACCAGGAGGAUUACAAGGACCAGGAGGUUCACAAGGACCAGGAGGGCCACAGGGACCAGGAGGACCACAAGGUCCAGGAGGACAUUUUGGUAAUGGACCACAAGGACCAGGAGGGUCAGAAGGGUCAGGAGGGCCAUUUGGUCAUGGUCCACAGGGAACAGGAGGACCACAAGGACCAGGAGGACCACAAGGACCUGGAGGGCCACUGGGACCAGGAGGACCACAAGGACCUGGAGGACUACAGGGACCAGGAGGACCUUUUGGUAAUGGACCACAAGGACCAGCAGGGUCACAUGGGUCAGGAGUGCCUUCUGGACAUGGACCACAAGGACCAGGAGAGCCACAAGGACCAGGAGGGCCACAAGGACCAGGAGGGCCACAAGGACCAGGAGGGCAACAAGUACCACAUCCUGAUGUAACUGAUAGGCCAAGUGUUCCUUCCCACACAUACCUUCCUGGAUCACAAGUUCCUCAACCUGGCUAUCCAGGACAAUCUGUCACUCCUCAACAACCAGUUCCAGGAGGUGGUUCUCCUCAUCAUCCCUCUGAACCAGGACAACAUCCACAACCAGGACAUGGAGGUGGUCCAGGAGAGAUAAAGCCAGUUCCUCAGGGAUCAACAAACGUAAUAGGCACUCAACCAGGUUACCCAGGAGGUGCAGGUCCACAAUAUCAUAAACCAGGUACGGUUCCCAGUGGAGUGAUAGGAAGCAAGCCUCCAUCAAGUUCAUCAGUAUACCCAGUCGACUCUUCACAGCCUGGGGCUUUUGGUGGUCAUGGGAAUCCCAGCUCAUCUGGACAACCAGGAGCUCCAUCAUCCACACAUCCCUCUGGCACUACAGGACAUGGUACAAGUGGUGUACAACCAGGAUAUCCAGGUCAAUUUCAAGGAUACCAACCACAAAAACCGGGGAAUACUGGUAGUGCUCCCGGUUACCCCGGCCAAUCACAACCUGGUUACCCCACAGCUCAUCAACCUGGUUAUCCAAGUCAAACCCAACCAGGUUAUCCAGGCCAGUCUCAACCUGGUUAUCCCGGUCAAGUUCAACCAGGUUAUCCAGGCCAGUCACAACCUGGUUAUCCAAGUCAAACUCAUCCAGGUCAACCUCAGAGGCCUGGUGGUAGUGAGAGGCCACCAAGGCCUGGUUAUCCUAGUGGUAGUGAAACAGGACCCUCCCCAUAUCCUUCUGCUCCUGGACAACCAACUGGUUCAUCCUGCUCGAAUGGUCAAACAUUUUCAAAUGGUCAAUGCAUUCCAACAAGACCAGUGGGUACAGGUUCAGGAUCCCCUGGAGGUCAGGGUUACCCUUCAUACCCAGAAAAUCAAAAGCCGGGGAGCUCCAAUGGAUUCCCUGGAACACCAUACCUUCCUCCUCAUCCUCAGUCUCCUAGUCACAGUUCUGGAUCAAAUCGACCACAAGUCACAACUGCUCCAUCACAACCCACUUAUGGUGGCUCCCCUGCAACAUUGAGUCCAAUAUCAUCCUCCACACCAUCACAUCCUAGCUAUGCUACAGGAGUCACAAAUGAACAACAUCCCAGCUCUGGUUAUCCCACGAAUUCACAGAAGCCUAGCCCAUCAGGUCAAACAUUCAAUCAAGUAUCACAAACAAAUCCACCAUCCUAUGUCCCUGGAUCUCCAGGAAGUGAACAAUACAAGCCUUGUGGUUCACAAUCAGGGAGUCCAGGAUCCUAUGAUAAUUAUAAUCAGUGUAACUCUGCUGGGUCAGUGACAACAUCAAGACCAUCAUAUUCUACUCAACCUCCCUAUAAACCUACACAAGUAGGUCCAGUUCACCAAGGAUCAAGUCAACCAACUGGUUAUCCCAGUAAGCCACAACCUCCUGUAACUAGACCACCUUAUCAGGGUGGUGAUACAGUAAGACCAGGAUAUGCCACUAGACCGACCACAGUACCCCCUUUCACAGGAUUUACACAGAAUCCCACCUCAGUCAGACCAUCAGGUCAAAAUGUAUUCACUUCUACAACAAGAUAUCCUUCACAGUAUCCUUCUAGACCAACUGGUUCAACUAAACCAACUGGUUCAGGUGUGACAGGGUAUCCAUCAAAUGUUCCCAGCAAUCAACUAACUUAUCCAACUCAUGGUGGUUCUCAACCUCCCAGCUCAGGUGGUACAAAUCAACAGACAGGAUAUCCAGUCAGGCCUGGUGGUGGAGGGAAUGGAGGAUACCCAAGUUAUCCCAAUCAGCCAGGAUAUGUUCCUGGAGGUCAAACAAAUAGACCAGGCAGCACACAUUUCCAAAUGACAACAAGUCCCUCAGGAUACCCAGGUUAUCCAAGUCAAUCAACACAGCCACCCUAUAGACCUGGUGGUAGUGGAUAUCCAGGUCAAACCUCAUAUCCUGGACAACAAACAAGUCAAAGACCUUCUCAAACUUUCAGGCCUGGAUAUCAAGGUCAAACAUCUCAACCUGGGUGCUCAGGUUCUCAAACUGGAUAUCCGGGUUCUGGGUCUCAAACUGGUUGCUCUGGUUCAGGAUCUCAAACUGGUUAUCCUGGUUCAGGGGCUCAAUCUGGUUAUCCAGGUUCAUCACAAACCACAUAUCCUGGCUCCGGAUCACAUCAAACUGCUCAUCCUGGUUCAGGAUCUCAAACAAAUUAUCCAAGUUCAGGAUCUCAACCCAAUCAUCCUGGUUCGGGAUCUCAAUCCAAUUAUCCAGGUUCAGGAUCACAAACGAAUCAUCCAAGUUCAGGAUCUCAACCCAAUUAUCCUGGAUCGGGAUCUCAAACCAAUUAUCCAGGUUCAGGAUCUCAAACUAAUUAUCCCAGCUCUGGAACAUCUCAGACUGGAUAUCCACCAUCAGGAUCAUCACCAUACCCAGGAUUCUCCACCCCACAACCAGGAAGACCAAGCACAAAUGCUUAUCCAACUUAUUCUACAGGAAGUUCCCCUCCUUAUCACCCAGUCAUACCACUAGUUACCCAGGAUCUAGACCUGGCUACCCAAGUCACUCUCAGGUUAUCCCGGUCACCCACAGGUUAUCCAAGCCAGACAGCAGGUUAUCCAAGUCAUUCAACAGGAUAUCCAGGUCAAGGAUACCCAAGCCAGACAACUGGGUAUCCAAGUCAUUCAACAGGUUAUCCCAGCCAGACAACUGGUUUCCCAAGUGGCUCACAGGAUAUCCGAGUCAUUCUCAAGGUUACCCAAGUUAUACUCCAGGUUACCCAGCUUCAUCUACUAGACCAAGCUCCUCAUAUCCAAAUACUGAAAGGCCUGUUACAACUGGCUACCCUGCUCAAACUUCUCCAACUUACAGACCUGGUCAAAGUCCCACUCUGAAACCCAGUCCUCCCAGCUAUCAGACCAGUAAACCUGAAUAUGGCACUGUUACAACAGAAUCAAGUACUUUCGGACAUAGUGGUACUCAGCCUGGUAGCCCAUCGAAACCUGAAUCAGGCUCCAUCGGUGAACCUUCUAAGCCAACUCAUCACCAGGGUAGCCAACCUUCCAAACCUGUUAGUACAGGAUCCACAACAUCAGAAACUGCUCCUGUACAUCCAGAAAGCAUUUCUCAAUCAUCUGGUAGUGGUUAUCCAAGUGGGCCUACUGCAACAUCAAAACCUGAUUCAAUAUACACUGGUCAACCAAUAGUUGUUCCUGAAAGUGGAGGAACUUCCCAAGGUUCAUCUCCUCAUGGUCCUUCUUCUCAAGGUUCUUCUCCCCAAGGUCCAACUCAUGGAGGUUCCUAUCCCCAAGGUCCCACUUCUCAAGCUCAUCCCAACAAGGUACUCCUCUUCAAAGUUCAUCUUCCCAAGGUUCUUCAGGUCCAGGAUGCAACUGUUCCCAACCUUCCCAACCCCCUCAACAUUUGCCAACCCUCCCAACACAUCCCAACCUGUUUAUGUUGUUCCCUAUCCUGUUCCCAUUGUUCCCAGUCCCAGCAUGUGUCCCUGUUACUUCGUUACCUCCGGGAACGGCACAAAUCCACCUUCAGACCCCAACCAAGGUUCCCUUCCCCCAGGGUAUGUGGUUGGAUACAUACCAGUUGUUUUCUACCCUUACUGUUCCGGUAAUGGUGAAGACCAACAGCAAGCUAUCAGGCCUUUCUUUCCCUCAGCUUUUGCUGUGCCUUAUCAGUGUAGUCAGUGUAAUUCAGGGGCGUUAUCCAAGAGGGUAGUGAACAAUGAGGCUCAGCAGCAGAGUUAUUUCAGGGAUGCUUUGAAGAACAGUCAUUUAUAUGAUGAUAGGGUUAAUGUGCAGUACCAGAAAUCAGUGACAACAAAGAGGGGGAUAUUUGGAGAUCGUAUUGUUCCAAGGAGGAGGAGUGUUUCUCCUGUAGAAUGAAUAAAAGUUUCUAAUGAGACUUGUCCACAAGUUAUGUCAUGCUUCCUGGCAUUCAUAACAGUUUAGAAGAGUUCAAUAAACUUUUCAUUGUAGAAUCGACUCUCUCAUCACUGAUAAGUGAAAACUGAAUUUCAAUAUAUUAAUUUCAGUCUCAGCCUCAUCUGUAUUCCAAUUCCCAACUUCGUGAAUUUGUAAAUUUAUGGAGUGAAUUCAUACUGAAAUGUAAAUACUGAUAUAUUGUUCACUGGAAUACUAAAAUAUCGUUUUCUAACUGAUAAUAAUUAUUUUUGAUUCAACUAUCAUAUUGUAUGGGAAUACUCUGAAGAGUACUAGGCCUAUAGUAAAUGGAACUUUGAAAAUUGAAAUUAAUUCAAGUAUGAUGAAAAUAUGGUGUUGAUAAUAUUGUUAUCUAUAAUAAUUAAUCAAAAAUAAGUGGAAAAAAAAAUUAUUCAUUCAUAUUCUAUGAAGAAUAUUCACCAAAAAUUUGCCCUGGUAUGACAUAACUUCUUGGACAAAACCUCACUGGGAAAAUUCACUAUGAAAGGUUAUUAUAGUCUAAGUGAGAAUAUUUUGAGCGAUUUAUUCAACUGAUUUGAUAUCACUUGUAAUAAAAUACUUAAGCUCUUGAAUCCUGUAAGACGAGCUCAUGUAUUUUGAUCGACAAUGUAUUCUGUAUUGUGGCCUUAUCCAUGACAUGACUCUCUACCAGUAACAUGUUUUUUUAUUCAUCCCAAUGUAAUAAAAUUUCAAGCUAUUUUGACUACAUGAUGGAAUUGAAUGAUGGAGAACGAUGACGUUAUGCCUAUAAUAUUAAUAUUUUGUGACUAGACAUUUGACUGGUGUCUACGUUUAAGGUAAUGUAUUAUGUUCUAAGUGAUGUAAUUAAUAAAUUAAUUUUGAUAAGUAA